AUGGACACCCCCAACGGCCACGUCCCCCCCGAGAUCGAAGCCACCCUCUCCCGCCUCUCCGCCUACCGCAACGUGCGGGGCGUCAUGAUCCUCGCGCGCGGCGCUGGGUGCGGCAUCGUUCAAUCCUCCGGCGCGGUAUUCGAAGGCGACAGCGGGCGGCGGUACGCUGGCGCGCUCGAGGGCGUGGUGGCGGCCACUGCUGGCGCCGUCGGCGCUGACGAGCUGCGCCUCAUGCGCAUCCGGACGAAGCGGCACGAGCUGAUCAUCACGCCUGGUGAGCGCAGAGGGAGGGGAGAGGGGCUGAUGCUAGAUGACAAGUACCUACUUGUUGUGCUCCAGGAUCCGCAAUAA